AAUUUUUUUUUCACUACGUCAGAUCAGCUGUUCGGCUUCGACGACAGAUUCACACAUGCUUUUCGGAUUCGUGUUUCGUGUGGAAUCAUUCGUUUUAUAUAGUUUAUUUCGUUUAUUAUAAGUUAUAUAAAGUUAAGGAGCACAAAUUAAUCGAAUAUUUCAACAAUGACGAAAGAUUCAGGAAAUGUUUCAUUCACAACGACGCCAGGAUUCUGCUCUGAUUGUGGCACGAUUUUACCAAUUCUCAAUGAUCAUGGCAAUGUGACGUGUUUUGCUUGUGAUCGAAUUUGGGGUUCCGAAGCUUUCGGAGACAUGGCAAUGUCUUGUACUAUUGAAUUCAAUGAUAAACGUACUUAUACAAAACACAAGGAAAAGGAAAGUGCAGAAGAUGCUGACGGUCCCAUAGUUGAGAGACAAUGUCCCCAAUGUGACAACAAUAAAAUGUCAUAUGCGACUCUUCAAUUGAGAUCAGCUGACGAAGGACAGACUGUAUUUUAUACCUGUACAAAAUGCAAAUUCAAAGAAACGGAAAAUUCAUAAUGGACUUCUUUCCAUCACAACUUUAUUGUUACAUUUUUAUAAAUUACAUCGAUUAAAAAAAGUAUUUCCAAAAAAAGACUUUGUAUUACAAAUUUUCUUUCAUUACAUUCGAUGUGCCAUUUCAUA